CCCCGGUCUAACCUACCCACUCCCUCCUGCUGCUGGAUUAUUUCCGCUCAGCCCUUUCUUGACUCGGAACGUUUUCUUUUCAAACCUCCUGAGAUUGGCCAUUUUUUUACAAUCAUUUAGGCACUUCAAAAUAAGAAAAUAGAAGCUUGUUAUUUGCUUUGUUAUUGUCACCGCCCAAUAAGGACAAUGACAACCUUCUUGCUGCUUGCUUCAAAUCCAUAACGAUCCUUCACAGCACAGAACCAUUUGCUGGCAGGAUUAACGUGUGCUGUAUCGCAGUAAUCCCAGGAUCUUCCAUUCAUCUGCAUAGGAAGAUUAAAGACAACCCUCUUCGAAUGGGAUGAAUAUGCUGCUCUGGGCUAUCCCUCGACUGCACUUUAGUGAUUGAACGACUCGGGCUGCUGCGGUUCACAGUCCUGCUCCCAAUGCCUGGGUUUACAGUCUGAGGUUUGUUGUUUUUUUUUUUUUUUUUUUUUUUGGGGGGGGGGGGGGGGUGGCCCGACGGAUUAGAACAUUUCCUUCAAAGUGGAGUACCGUAAACUUGAUAUGGACAGUAAAAAGAAAGACAAGGACAAACCUGAUGAGAGGAUGGCUAGGCCGAGUGGACGGUCGGGUGGUCACAACUCGCGGGGCAGCAGCUCCUCCAACUCGGGAGUCCUCAUGGUAGGACCCAACUUUCGUGUGGGCAAAAAAAUAGGAUGUGGCAAUUUUGGAGAACUUCGAUUAGGUAAAAAUUUGUACACAAAUGAAUAUGUUGCAAUUAAGCUGGAACCAAUGAAGUCCAGAGCACCUCAGUUACACUUGGAAUACAGAUUCUACAAGCAGUUAGGAUCAGGAGAUGGGGUACCUCAGGUUUAUUAUUUCGGGCCAUGUGGAAAAUACAAUGCAAUGGUGCUUGAACUACUGGGACCUAGUUUGGAAGACCUGUUUGAUCUCUGUGACAGGACGUUUUCACUUAAAACAGUUCUUAUGAUAGUGAUACAACUGAUUACCCGAAUGGAGUAUGUCCACUCAAAAAACUUGAUAUACAGAGAUGUUAAACCAGAGAACUUCUUAAUAGGAAGACCGGGUAGCAAAAACCAGCAAAUUAUUCACAUCAUAGAUUUUGGUCUUGCAAAGGAAUACAUUGAUCCAGAGACAAAGAAGCACAUCCCUUACAGAGAACACAAGAGCCUUACUGGAACAGCCAGAUACAUGAGCAUAAACACCCAUUUAGGAAAAGAACAAAGUAGGAGAGAUGAUCUGGAAGCGCUAGGUCACAUGUUUAUGUAUUUUCUCAGAGGCAGCCUUCCCUGGCAAGGUCUAAAGGCAGACACUUUAAAAGAAAGGUAUCAGAAAAUAGGGGACACAAAGAGGUCGACGCCAAUAGAAGUAUUAUGUGAGAAUUUUCCAGAGGAGAUGUCUACUUACCUACGCUAUGUUAGAAGGUUGGACUUCUUUGAAAAACCAGACUAUGACUAUUUGCGGAAGCUCUUUACAGACUUGCUUGAUCAAAGGGGUUUUAUGUUCGAUUACGAGUAUGACUGGGUUGGCAAACAGCUUCCGACUCCAGUGGGGCCAGUUCAGACAGAUGCUGCUCUGUCCUCUUCAACCAGAGAUGCACAUCAGCACAAGGAUAAAACACAGCAAGCCAAAACUCAGUCGACAGAACACAGGGCAGCUUGGGAGCCUCAGCAGACCAAUUCCCACCAAUUGAGAGCUCACCUAGCAGCUGACAGACAUGGUGGCUCGGUACAGGUGGUUAGCUCAACAAACGGGGAGCUGAACACAGAUGACCCAACUGCAGGUCACUCGAAUGCACCCAUCACAGCACCUGCAGAAGUAGAAGUAAUGGAUGAGACAAACUGCCAGAAAGUGUUGAACAUGUGGUGCUGCUGCUUUUUCAAGCGAAGAAAAAGGAAAACAAUUCAGCGUCACAAAUGACUCUGGAAGCGCACAGACCAUGGGGAAUUACUUACAUGUCCAUCUGCUGUCUCGUGAUAACUAAAUCCAUCUCUGCAGUGACAACAAAAAAACAUUCUCGAAGGAUUCCUCCUUAAAUUUGUUGUGCCAUUUUGUUAGGUUUAGUUGUCUUUUUUUUUUGUUUGUUUGUUUGUUUGUUGUUUUUAUAAAUUCAUCCCAGUCAUCUGGAAGCUUUAAAGAUUCAUUGAAAUAUAACUAUUUAUUUUGGAAUUUAAAUUGUAUACCAAGGUGCGCACUGUGUCUCUGGCAUUUGGCAACAUUAUUUGAUAAGCGCAUUCAAGGAUAUAUAUUUAUAUAUUUCCCAGUCAUAUAUAGAGGGGAACAUUGCAGUGAAUUUUACAAUGAUAAAAUCCAUGGAUAUAUUGCUAACUGAUUGUUAGAAGAGUCGAGGCGGGGGGGACGGACAGAAGGAUAUAAAGAUUUUUUUUUUCCCAUCUUCACUGCCAAUUUCUUUUGGUUUUCAUUACUGCACUGAUUUUAUUUAAUUUUUUCAGUAUUGAUGAUACUGUACUUGUUGUGUUUUGGUGAAGCAUUACAUUCUUUAUUUCUGCAAUGCAAUUGGUACAGUCACUGUCCAGAGGUACCUAGGAACAAAUUAACAGAGAUGCAGAUUUUUUUCAACAGAUGGUGAACCUGAGUGCGUCUUCUGUGGUAUAUAAAUACAUGAAUCAAUUACACAUUUUAGGGAAUGAAGUUCAGAUUUGGAGCAUAAAGGGACGUUGGGAUGCAUUGAUGAAUGUAUACCUGGACAAUGUUGGCGUGGCGUUAGACCAAAAUGUCUUUUAAAACUGUAGCUUAUGCCUGUUGCUGGACAACACUGAUUACCCUCCGUUCGAUGACAACCUGGAUGUGCUAUGAAAUGGUGUUUAACUCUGCCUGUACAGUAAUUUGCGCUUUGGUGAAUGGCAUACCAAGAACACAAUGGAAGUAGGUCAGAUAAUACUGCUUUCUGCAUACAUUAGGUGUGGUAUCUACGCUCUGCUCUAAACCUCUCACACUACCAGGGAGAAUUGACUGUCAAAGAUUUUACAGAAAAGAUGGGCCUGGUUCCCCCCCACAGUCCCUUGAAGUGCCUGCAUUAUGAACAAACCAGCUCUUCGAUAAAAGGCGAUUCAUUCCACUUUCCAUUCUGUGCUUUGACUUAGACAAUAAUGGAAAAAUGUGUGCAGUGAGGUUAUAGACCUUUCUUUUUUUGACUGCUGUCAGUUUUGUAAAAUUUAAAAUUGAAAUGGUCCAGAAAAAACUAGACCACAAAUUAAUAUUUGUACAAUAUUUACAACUUUUACCCAAUGGGGACACAGAAUAGUUAACACUUGUUUUGUGCCAUUCGAAGUUGAGUGCAGAAAAUGAUGAGCUGAAGCCUCUAUGCUCGCACACCUUCGAAUACCAUUAUUGUAUUUAGAUUACAGGAAUCCUUGUCCUUUUGCAUUCAUUAUUGUAUUUAGAUUACAGGAAUCCUUGUUUUCUGCUUUGUAGACUUUUGUUUCCACAUUAAUAGCUAGCCAUGCAGUAGAUUGGCUUAAGAGUGGUCUUAUGAUUUGUGUAUUAACCUGUAAUCUAAUAAUCAUCCACCUCUGUGGCAUUCACUCCACAGUAUUUGCUCUUUCAGGAAAGCUUACACUGCUUUGUUUUGAGUCUGUAUGCAGUGUUUUCUUGUAAUUUCUUCUUUAAUUUCUUGUGUUAUCCUUAAAUCAGAAAUGUCAGAACUAGCUAAUUUGAAUGUUUAAUAAUGUCUUACAUU